AUGGACGAGUUCGUGACAGCUGAAGACCUUGUUCAUGAAUACUCGGUGCUCCAGGAACCGGACAGUGUUGUGAACUGGUCGCGGUACAUCGCUGCGAAGCGAGAUGACCCGUGCAGCGUCAGCUGGGUGUACGAGAGAUGUCUGCAGGCGCUUCCGGCGCAGUGGGAGGUGUGGCGCGAGUACCUGCAGUUCAGAAUGCGGCUGCUGGAUGGGGUGUGCGCUGUGCAGCACGCGGCGGAGUUUGAGAAGGUGAACAGGCUGUUCUGGCGGUGUGUGGAGCACAACGCGGCGGUGGUGGAGGCGUGGCGGCUCUUCCUGGGGCACGCGCAGCGGCAGGGCGCGCUGGCACUGGUGCGGCAGGUGGUAGACGCGGCGCUGCGUGGGGUGGGGCUUGCGAAGCACAGGACGGUGUGGGAGGACGUGGUGGCCUACAUCGAGGAGCUGCUGCCGGCGGAGGAGACGGAUCUGGGCGAGGAGCAGGACCUGCACGAGCUCGUGCGCGGCGCGCUGUUUGGCGGGGCGGGUGCAGAGGACGCAGGCGCGGACAUCUGGAGCUCUGCGAUGUUGCGACGAUAUAUCCAGGUGGCCGAGGACGCCGAGGCCGUGCUGGCGCUGCUGCAGCGAACACACGAUUACGCGACGGUUGUGGCGGUGUAUGAGAAGCAUGUACUGCCGGUGACGCGGGCAAAGCACAAGGGCCGCCAGAGCUACGAGAGCCAGUUCCGGUACCUUGUUGCGCUGGACCAUACCGGGGCGACCGCCAAGCUAGAGGACGCAGUCGCCCGCUGUGCGCAGCUGUUCCCAGAGAGAGCCCCGAGCCUGACCAUCUUCUUGGCGAAGCAUUACGUGAAGCAGGGCAACUACAACAGAUGCACGGAUGUCUUGACGGACUCCCUGAAACACACCGCCAAGAGCAGCGAAUUUGCAUCCCUCUAUGAUUUUCUGGUUGUCUUUGAGGAGUCGCUCAUUGAGGUUGUCCUCGAGCAUCUGCAGGAACAUCCCGAGAACGAGGAGCGCUGGGGUGCGGACUUGGAAAGACACACGGAUCAGCUGGAUGGUCUCCUUGCGGAUCAUGCGCUUUUGCUCAACGACCUCAAGCUCAGACAGGAACCCGAUAAUGUUAAGCAUUGGCUUGACCGGGUCGAGUUAUUUGACAAAGCGGCUAGCAAGGCAUCCGUCUACGCAGACGCAAUUGCGUCGAUCAACUAUAAGUCGCAGACAGUACCUGGGCAAUUGGGGACAUUGUGGUGGCAGUACGCGCAGCUCUAUAUUGACGACGGUCAGUAUGAGACGGCGAAGACGAUACUGGAUAAAGCCUUGAAUGUACCGUAUAACUUCCUGCAGGAUCCUGAACUCAUAUGGACCAAGUGGGCUGAGGAGGAACUGAAACGGGCAGGUCUGGAUGCCGCAAUGCAGGUUCUGAGCCAUGCGUUGCAAAUCCCAGACGACCACGAACUUCUGAGAGACAAAUUCGAAAGCCACGAGAAGAUGCCGGCCCAAACUGUCAUUUUCUCCUCUCUAAAGCUGUGGUCCUUCUACAUAGAUCUCCUCGAAGCCAGCAGUGAGAGCGAUGAACACCUCGAGCGGACGAAAGCUGCCUACGAGGCUACCAUCCAGCUUAAAAUAGCUACGCCGCUAUUAUUUGUUAAUUAUGCGCAUUAUCUUCAGGAUAAAGGGAACCACGUCGAAUCGUUCUCGAUAUAUGAGCGGGCAGUUGAUAUAUUCCCCGCAGAAACGGCCUUUGAGAUAUGGGACAUCUAUAUCGGUGAGGCGCUUAAGUACGGCCUACCCAAGGAGCAAAUUAGGGAUCUCUUCGAGAGCUCGUUGAAGAUGGCGAACGAAGGUGUUGAAUGCAAGCCAUUUUUCCUUCUAUACGCGAAGUUUGAGCGUGACAACGGCAUGAUCGAAACUGCGGCGAACAUCCUGCACCGUGCCUGCCGCGCGGCGCAGACGAUGGAUGCCAAAAGGUCCCUGUGGACCCUGUGCUUGAAUUGGUGCCGCCAGGAGUUGGGCGGUUCAUACGCUAGGGCCCUCUAUGAGGAGUGCAUCCAAGCCUUACCCAACCAUGUAGCGGUCGUGUACGUCCUGGAGUAUGCAAAGGUCGAGGAGGGCCUCAAGCAGGUAAAGCGGGCACGGGCAUUGCUCCAGUACGGCGCUCGGCUUCUACAUCCAGCGAACAACGCCGACCUAUGGGAAUAUUGGGAACUCUUUGAGCUGCGCCAUGGUAAUAAGGAUACGUACAAGGAUAUGCUGCAGCUCAAGCGGAAGGUCGAGGAGUUGCUGGAAGGAGACGGUCUUCCAGUUCCAAACCAGAUCGGCAAUAUAGCAUUUGUCGCUUCCACAGAUGGCUUGCAGAAUCCGGGUGGUGAAAGCACCAACAUCAAUAACGAUGAACUUGAACUGGAUAUGUAG